UUGACCUCGUUCUAAUUUAUAUUCUUCGGCUUAUUUUUAUUUAAUUUAAUUCAGAUUCAGCGAUUCUGCAUUAUUCUGCAAUAUUCUGCAUGGCAUCGUGCUGAUUGUGCAGUUCCAGAAAUCCAGUGUUAAUCGGGUUUGAAGUUUCUUAUACUUUUUUGAUUUCUACCCUGAUUGCUACAUUACUGUUACAUUGUUUGAUAGUCAUAAAAUAUAGCUUUGAAUAUUUUCAAUUUUCAAUAUUCAAUAUUAAAGUUUGAGCAUGGCUAGUGGGGGCGAUGGGCCUUCCCGGGGUCGUGGACGUGGGGCAACUAUGCUGGCCGCUUUGGAGAGAAUGAAGGAGAAGGAGAGACUGGAUAGAGAACAACUUGGAGUUCGAGGGGAUGAACCCAAACCUGAGCCUCCAAAAGGAUUGGGCAGAUCUGUAAUGCUCAAAACUUUACACAGCAGACUAGGCAUGCGGAAAGAUGCAUCAACUUCUGCGACCCCUGCUGUUGUGAGUGAACCAACUCCAGCCGUCGUGAGUGAACCGACUCCAGCCGUCGUGAGUCAACCAACUCCAGCCGUUGUGAGUAGACCAACUCCAGCCGUUGUGAGUAAACCAACUCCAGCGCCAACACGUUCUGCCGAGACAGAUGUCACAGAAAAAAUGGCCAAACUCGAAGUAUCAGAUUCGGCAUCGCAAGUAUCAGAUUCGGCUGUUAAAGAACCUGUACAAUAUAAGGGUUCUAGUGGUAAACCAAUCAGGCUGUCAGCUAAUUAUAUCCGCCUUGAAGUUGCCAAAGGCCGAGGUGUGUUUGAAUACGAAGUUAAAUUUAGUCCAGAAAUAGAUGCUAAAAACCAGAGAAUGCGAUUGGUAAACCAGAUAAUGAGAGAAAUGGAGAGUGCAAAACUUUUUGAUGGUGGUCAUCUUUUAUAUUUACCAACAAAAAUUACAGAUACCCAAAAAACUUUCAAAGGAAUCUUGCAAGGUGAUGACCUAGAAGUGGAGAUUACAAUAAUUUUCAAAAAGCAAAAACGCUUGGGCGAUAGAGAAUGUAUCCACCUCUAUAAUAUCCUUUUUAAAAGAGUGAUGCACGCUUUGUUAUUUAUUCAAAUGGGGAGGAACUAUUUUGAUACCGGACACAGAAAUUUGAUUCCACAACAUAAACUGGAAGUUUAUCCAGGUUUCGCAGUAUCAGUAGACGAACUUGAAGAUGGAUUGAUGCUCUGCCUUGACACUCAACAUAGAGUUCUGCGUACACAGAAUGCUUAUGAGCUAUUGAAAGAAUUACAUUCGUCAAACGCUCGGACAUUUAAGGAGACAGCCCUUAAAAACAUGUUAGGAUCUUGCGUAUUUACACGGUACAACAACAAAACUUACAGAAUUGACGACGUCCUAUGGGAUGUAACACCGAAAGAUACAUUCCCAACUAGAGACGGAAGACAGAUUUCAUUUUUGGAAUACUACAAAGCACAACAUAAUAUAAUAAUUCAGGACCCAGACCAGCCAAUGCUUUUACACAGAAAAUCCGUUGUGGUACCUGGUAGCUUGGAAAAAGAAGAUAGGAUGUUGUGUUUGGUUCCAGAAAUAUCUUAUUUGACUGGUUUGACAGAUACGAUGAGGAGUGACUAUAAGGUCAUGAAAGAUGUUGCAGAGUACACUCGCGUCACUCCCCAACAAAGAAUAUCUUCCCUCAAAACAUACCUUGACAACGUGCGAAAAUGUGAAAAGGCACAAAUGAUUUUGGCCGAAUGGGGUCUACGUAUUUCAGAAGGAAAUUUAGAUCUUCCAGGCCGACAAUUGGAAACAGAACAAAUUAUAUUUGGAGAUUCCGUGACUAAAUCGGCGGGACCUGGAGCCGAUUGGAACAGAGACUUGGCUAAUAAUAAAGUUACUUAUGCGGUCGAUAUCCACAGCUGGGUGGUAUUUCACACAGCACAAGAUACAAAAUAUGCUCACGACUUUGGAUCUCUCAUGUGUAGAUUGGCUGGUUCACUAGGCAUCAAAAUUGCCAAUCCAAGAAUCGACAAAUUACCCAACGACAAUACAGCCACCUACGCCAAUUAUGUCAAGACUAGGAUCCAGAAAACUGACCAAGUCGCCGUGUUUAUUUGCCCAUCAAUACGGUCCGACAGAUACAACCUGAUCAAGAACCUUUGCUGUUCUGCCUUGCCGAUAGCUUCGCAAGUAAUUAAUUCCAGAACGCUUUCUAAGCCCGAUAAAGUACGAUCGAUUGUCUUGAAGAUUGCUCUUCAAAUUAACUGCAAAUUAGGAGGGACUUUAUGGACUCUAAAAUUUCCCUUCAAAGGCUGGAUGAUUUGUGGAAUUGAUGUUUAUCAUGGAGGGCCGUCACAGUCUGUUUGUGGAUUCGUUGCCAGUUUGAAUGAAAGUAUUUCAAGGUGGCACUCAAGAGCUUUCCACCAAACCAAGGAACUGGGAGACUUUUACAAAAGAGCCUUAACCGCAGCUCUGGAAAGAUACAAAGCCGAAUGCUUCUCCUUUCCUUCGAAAAUCAUCAUUAUCCGUGAUGGCGUCGGCGACGGCCAACUAGACCACGUCAAACGAUACGAGGUUGAGCAAUUUGAAAGUGUCCUACAGGCUUUUCAGCUGACGACAACUCUUUGUUUUGUAGUUGUACAGAAGAGAAUAAGUACAAGAAUGUUUGCUAUCAGAUCAGGGAAAGUAGAGAAUCCACCUCCAGGCACAAUUUUAGAUCAUACAGUUACACGGCGAUAUUUGUAUGAUUUUUUCCUGGUACCACAGAAUGUGCGUCAAGGCACGGUUAACCCUACACAUUACAUAGUAUUACACGAUAAAUGUAAUCUAAAUCCAGACCAUGUCCAAAGACUAUGCUACAAACUGUGCCAUCUCUACUAUAAUUGGCCGGGUACUAUAAGGGUACCAGCUCCUUGCCAGUACGCUCAUAAGUUGGCUGCAAUGGUGGGACAAAGUGUUAAGGCUGAACCAAGUCUGGAAUUAGCAGAUAAAUUGUGGUACCUGUAAACCUAAUUAGAUUAAUUAUUGGAUUUAUUAGUUGUAAGUUUUUUUAUUUUGUUUAUGGAGGAUAGUUAUUUUGUGAUCUUUGCUUAUUUAUUUUUGGUUAGUUCAAUUAACAGUAUUUCAGCAAUGCUUAUAUUUUCUCCAGCCAUCCUUAACCCUGUUUAUUUGUCAUAGAUAUAUAUUUCUAUAUGAAGCAACCAAAAAGUAUUAAUAAUAAUAACGUACAGGGUGAACCAGUAUAAAGGGAACACUCCCUACCUUUUCAUUAAUUUUUUUUUGUACAUGUCAUAUUAAGACCCGGUUUAUUCACCCAUAAAGCUUCCUUGAUGUUAUUUUCACUACCUCAUAUUUCAACUGGAGCAAAAAUAGCUGAACGUGUUUUAUCAGACAAAUAUUUGCACUGCCAUUAAGGGCGGUUUAGACUCUCAGUUAAGUUAAUUUUUGCAAAACAGCCAUUUUGUACAAAAUUUGUGCAAAUCUAUAAGUUAUGUAUAUUCGUUUACACAUUCAGUUAAUUGGUACUACUGUUCCGAAGUUUUUUAUUUGACUAACCUCAAAAUAAAGACAUCAUUUUCUGCUUUUUGUUAAUCUCAACCAACAAAUCUUCAAAAUUAUUUACCCAGUUUGACUGAAGUAUGUUUAGACUGUCAGAUAACUGCACCAAUCUCAGUUAAUUUUCAAGACGAAACAGAUAUCAAACGAGCUAAAUUUUUGAACUGCGCAAAUUAACAAUUUCUAUUUACAUUUAACGAUACUUGCACAAAUUAACUGAGAGUCUGAAUCACCUUUUAGAGAUAUUUUUAUUUUGGGAUUCGAUAUUUUUUUAGGAGCAAUAUUAUUUUAAAAAGAUCAUGUUUUUUUUGGAAAUUCGGAUUUUUACGAAGUAUGUAUGGAAGUAGUAAAUCUAAUAGGAGAAGAAAUAUGUAGGUACAAUGUACUUAUGCAAUGUAACAGAGGAUUCCACUUUGCAAUAAUUGAAGUUUCCCACUGUUUUGUGUUCAAAGUUACCUUUCUACAAAUUUAUCAAUAGCCUUGUUUCUUCCAUUGUGAAAUUUCACUGCAUCUUUAUUUAUAUAUUUUCUUGUUCUCUUUAUUUUUAAUUUUUUAGAAAGUAUUUGAUUUGAUUGACUUUGAGAAUAUCUAUAUGAGAGCGUUCAAAUCUCAUCGUCUCAAUAUUCUAUUUUUAUAUUUGUAGUUUGUAAUUCGGGUAAAUUCUAGUUAAACUCGCUGGCACUCUAAUAAGUCGGUUUUGACAGCUUUGAUUAUAGGCUUAGUGUAUUUCGUUGCAUUUAGUUAGCUUUUGGUUUACUUUUGCAAUAAUUUAAGCAUUAAUUUUAAAGGAAAAGAGCAAUUGAAAAAUUGUGAGAAGAUAAUUUAAAAAAGUAAACCAUUGGUUAUUUACAUCCUAAUUUUCCAUAUUGAUUUGGAUAUGUUAGAAUAAAUAUUUACUUUGUUAUGAAAAAGUGUUUUU